AUGCCCUCCAAACCACCCCCCACAGAUCUCCCAACCUACUCCUUCUCCACACCCAAAGGCCUAGAAACCUUCCUCGAAAAGUCCCACACCACGAUACCAGGCUUCUACCUCAAACUCGCCAAAAAGGCCUCGGGCAUACCGUCCGUCACCGCCCCAGAAGCAGUCGAAACAGCCCUCUGCUUCGGCUGGAUCGACGGCCGCGCAAACACCCUAGACGAAAAGUGGUGGCUAGUCCGAUACACGCCACGCCGCGCGAAAAGCAUCUGGUCCCAGAAGAAUGUGGCUACGGUUGCGCGGCUUGUGAGUGCUGGGCGAAUGCGGCCGGCCGGGUUAGCUGCUGUCGAUGCUGCUAAAGCUGAUGGACGGUGGGAGCGCGCCUAUGCGGGGCCGGCUAGUAUGAGCGUUCCGGAGGAUUUUAGGGAAGCGUUGGAGAGAGUGGAUGGGGCCGGGAAGGCUUUUGAGGGGUUGAAGAGGAGUGAAAGGUAUGCGGUUUUGUGGAGGGUGGAGACUGCUUCGCCCGCGGCUAGGGGGAGGAGAAUUGAGGCGUUGGUGAAGAUGUUGGCGGAGGGGAAGGUGCCGGGGGAAUCAAGUGCUUCUUCUCUGGAGAAGCGUAAGAGCCAGGGUGAAGUGGAUGAUGGUGAGGUUAGUACGAGGAGGAAGAGUGCGAGGGUAGCAGCGAAGACUAAGUAA